GUGACCGACGCCUAUUAUCGUCGUGUUUUUCCUACUGUGGAUAUCCCGGAUCAUGCCCACUACAUCAUAGGGGCAGUCAUUCUGGCAGUGGGUAUCACAGGCAUGGUGGGCAACUUCCUGGUCAUCUAUGCAUUCUGCAGAAGCAAGACUUUGCGCAGCCCUUCCAAUACUUUCAUCAUAAACCUGGCCAUUAGUGAUUUCCUUAUGUCAAUCACACAGGCCCCAAUCUUCUUCACCACAAGUCUGCACAAACGCUGGAUUUUUGGCGAGAAAGGCUGUGAGAUGUACGCGUUCUGCGGUGCCCUGUUUGGAAUCACCUCGAUGAUCACUCUGGUUGUAAUUGCGAUGGACAGGUACUUUGUGAUCACCCGACCCCUGGCCUCCAUUGGGAUUCUCUCCAAGAAACGCGCUGUUCUGAUUCUGCUGGGUGUCUGGCUGUACUCAUUGACCUGGAGCCUACCUCCUUUCUUCGGCUGGAGUGCCUAUGUGCCUGAAGGACUGAUGACCUCCUGCACCUGGGACUACAUGACAUUCACGCCGUCUGUCCGGGCCUACACCAUGCUUCUGUUCUGCUUUGUCUUCUUUAUUCCUUUGGGAAUCAUCAUCUACUGCUACAUCUUCAUCUUCCGGGCCAUACUGUCCACCAACAGAGACGUGGAGAAAAUUGGAGGAAACACACACAAGGAAUCCCGGAGAAAAUAUCAUCGGAUAAAGAAUGAGUGGAAAAUGGCCAAAAUUGCAUUGAUAGUCAUCCUGCUUUAUGUCCUCUCCUGGUCUCCAUAUUCUAUUGUGGCCCUCACUGCCUUUGCUGGGUAUGCCAGCAUCCUUACACCCUACAUGAACUCAGUCCCUGCUGUGAUCGCCAAGGCUUCUGCCAUACACAACCCAAUCAUCUAUGCUAUUACCCAUCCCAAGUACAGAAUGGCAAUUGCUAAAUACAUUCCUUUCCUCGGACGUUUACUGCAUCUGUCACAUAAAGAUUACAAGAUAGCUGGCAGCUACUUUUCCACCAGACGCUCCACAAUGACCAGCCAAACUUCAAACUCAAAUGAUAAUGCGCGGUCCAAGAGUCACCUCUCUGCUUCAGACAGUGAGUCGGGUUGGACUGACAAUGAGGCUGAUAUUUCCACCAUAAGCUCAAGACCUGUCAGCAGAGAAGUUUCGUAUGAAUUCAGCAAAGAUCCGACUGGACAAAGUGACACCAAAGACAAAUCAAAAUUGAAAAGCAAUGAUUCAGGCAUCUUUGAGAAGACAUCACUUGACAUGGACAACAUCACAAUGGUUGAAAUGAGCCCCAGAGAUGACGGGAGACUCCCACUCAAGGUGGUCGGAAGUCUGGAUGGUGAUGGGCAGAAGAAAGUAGGUGUAGCAACCAACUUUCCAAAGACAACCUCAGCCCCGUUUCUGAAGCAAGCUUGCACGCAAGCCAGCAGCCCUGACUCCCCACCAAUGCCACAGUGCUGCAAUUGCCCCAUUAAAGUUAGCAGUACUGAGCAAGCAGAAUCAAAGACAAAGUAA